GCGACGACUCCGUGUUACGCAUUUUGGCGUGCCACUUCGUCACUUUCCGUGCGGUGCAACGCCUUCAGCCACCAGCGCCCGCUUCCUGCUCCGACCAUCAUGGCCAACGCUGUCGACCUCGAGCGCGACAUCUUCGGCGGCUCCGACUCUGAGCUCUCCUCAGAGGAAGACGAUGUCCCGCAGCAGCGCCUGAGGGUGUCUCCGCCGCGCAGGGCGGCAAUAGAUGAGGAAGAGUCGUCGGCCGAGUCGGGCAGCGGGGACGAUUAUGCAGGUGAAAAGCGGCCCGCCUCACAAGCGAAGCGGCCGAGGAAGCAGCGGAGGCAGCGGGGAGAGGAGGGAGACUCGCGUCCCAGGGAGAGGAAGCGGAAGCGAAGGCCGCAGACGGUCGAGGACCUGAGCGAGCUGCCGCCCGAGCAAGCCAAGAAAUUGCAGCUUGACAUGCAGAUCGAGGCGAUACUGAAGCCGAAGAAGGCGGCGCGCAAGACGAAGAAGAAAAAGGGCGCGGACGAGGAGGUGCUUGACCGGUUCGCGGACGAGGAGGUGUCGCGUCUGCGGGAGGCUAUGCUUGCCGCCGCGGAUGACGACGAGCAGGCGAACAAAGAGAAGCUGCCUGCCACGUCCAAGUUGCGCCUGCUACCACAGGUGAUGGACGUGCUUCGCAAGUCGUCCCUCGAACAAUCCAUCAUUGACAACAACCUUCUCGAAGGUGUCCGGCGCUGGCUCGAACCCCUGCCGGACAAGUCGCUCCCGGCACUCAACAUCCAGCAGCAGUUCUUCCGCGAGCUGCCGACGAUGAAGUUCAUCGACGCCUCCGUCCUGAAAGAGUCGGGCCUCGGCCGUAUCGUGCUCUUCUACACCAAAUGCAGGCGCGUGACGCCGGACGUGCAGCGCACUGCGCACGCGCUCGUCGCCGCAUGGUCCCGGCCGAUCAUCAAGCGCUCCGCGAGCUACCGCGACCGCGUCGUGCCGAUGGCGGAGUCGUCCGGCGGCGCCGGAGGCGAGCGGUUGGGCAAGAUACUCGAGCGCGCGAAGGAGAGCGAGAAGGGGCGGGUGAGGAAGAAUGCGGUCUCGAUCCCGCAGAGAGAGCUCGGGACGUAUACUGUAGCGCCUCAGAGCUCGGUGAUGAGCGCGGGCAAGGCAAAUGUCGAGGCGAGCGUGAGGAUGGACAACGAGAGGAGGAUGAAGAACGCGGAGCGGCUGCGGAGUUUGACGAGGAAGAUGAACCUCAAGGGUUAGAGAGGGUCGCAGUAUAUGCCUUCUUCAUCGUUGUUAUUCGUGUGGGUAAUGGCCGUGUUUCUUGUAGAUCGUUCAAUGUGCUAUCAUAGGUUCUGGCUUGCUUGUAUUCCUGAAGGGCUGAAGAAUGGCAUCCAUUCUCUUGCUUUUGCGACUGG